AUGAGUGCUGCUUUUAAAAAUUCUUAUCUCUCUUCCUUCUACCUCACCUUUUGCUUACUUGUUGUGGUGACCUUAUCUACUAAAAACUAUGAUGCUACGUUAUGCUUGGAUGAUGAGAGACAAGCACUCCUCCAGUUCAAGCACGGCCUCGUUGAUGAAGCAGAUCGACUUGCUUCUUGGGUUGGUGAUACGAGCGAUUGUUGCAAAUGGGUUGGGAUCCUUUGUGAUAACAUUACGGGGCAUGUUCACAAGAUUCAUCUACCUGGUAAAUGCAGUAUAGAUUACAACACGAUCAAAGAGUACAACGAAGCUGUAAGGCAGAAGUUAAGAGGGGAUAUAAGUCAAUCCAUCUUGUAUCUGAAGCAACUUGAACAUCUAGACUUGAGUUGCAAUGAUUUUAGAGGAAUCCAAAUUCCUAGGUUUGUGGGUUCUCUUGGAAACUUGAGAUAUCUUAACCUCUCACGUUCUAGAUUUGGUGGAACAAUUCCUCCUCAAUUGGGGAAUCUGACAGAAUUGGGCAUCCUCUGUCUUGGCAGUUUUUAUGAUGAUGAUACUGACGAAUAUGAAUCUACUAGCAUCAUGAAUAUGCAGUGGUUAUCACGUCUGCGUUCGUUGCAUCACCUGGAUAUGAGUGGUGUAGACCUUACAAAAGCAACCGAUUGGUUUCAGGUGAUUAACACUCUCCCUUCAUUAGUCCAACUACAUUUAUCUAGCAGUCAACUGCCUGACAUACAUCCCUAUGUUGCUAGUGUUAAUCUCACAUUCCUUUCAUCGCUUGAUCUUUCUAGAAACAAGUUUAAGAAGAGUUUUAUACCACGGUGGAUUUUCAGUAUAACAAGUCUUGUUUCAUUAGAUUUAAGUUGGUGUGGUUUACGCGGUCCAAUUCCUAGUAGCAUCAAUAACUUUCAUAACUUGACUUCUCUUAAGUUUCUUCACGUCUCUGGGAAUGAAUUCAUGAGUUAUUCAUUAGUAUUAAAAGGGUUGUCUAGCAUAGGUGGUAAUCUAAUUUCAUUCGAAAUGGGUUCUUGUGGUGUUAAGAGUACAACUCUUGAUUCCCUUCACAACUUGACCUCUCUUCAUAGUCUUGACCUAUAUGGUAAUCAACUCAUGAGCACAAUACCUAAAUCACUAGGUAACCUUUGCAAUUUGAGACAUAUCGAUAUGGGUGGUAACAAUUUUCAGAAUAUUAGUUUAACAAGCCUUCUUAGAAGUUUUUUUGAUUGCAAAUCACCUAGGCUUGAAUCAUUAUCCCUUGAGUCCUCAGGGCUAUCUAGUUUUCUACCCAAUCAACUUGGACAGUUGAUAAACUUGGUGCACGUGCAAUUAGGAAACAACCAUAUUGUUGGACCCAUUCCAGAGUCAAUAGGAAGACUAUCAUUGUUGAGAACAUUGGAUCUUGACGAGAAUCUUAUUUCUGGUCCAAUUCCAUAUUCGGUUGGAGGACUAUUAUCGUUAGAGUUGUUGGAUCUUUCAAAUAACCAAUUGAUUGAUACCCUUCCUGAAAGCCUAGGUCAACUUUCUAAGUUGAAUACUUUAGAUCUCUCUCACAAUUUAUUGACGGGUGUCGUGACAGAAUCUCAUUUUUCCAAACUAAUUGGAUUGAAAUACCUAAACGGAAGAGAAAACAACUUGACCCUUAGACCACGCCAUGCAAACUGGGUUCCGUCUUUCCAACUAGAAUUCUUGUACAUAAGUUCUUGGGAUUUGGGGCCUCAAUUUCCAUUGUGGCUGCUAACGCAAAGAGAUUUAUCACUUUUGGAGAUGAGAAAUACAAAGAUAUCGUCAACCAUGCCUGAAUCAUUUUGGAGGUCAUUAUCCAAUCUAAAUUAUCUGGAUAUGUCUCAAAAUCAGAUUCAUGGAAGGUUGUUUGAAAUCCCAGCAACACUAGUUGUGGUUGAUUUGAGCUCUAAUAUGUUUAGCGGGGACUUACCUAAACUUUUCAAAAGUUCAUUCGUUUACAUACUCAAUCUAUCAAAUAAUUCCUUUACAGGGUCAUUACACCAUUUUUUGUGUUCUUAUGGUAGGAUAGAGAUAGAAACUCUUAAUCUAGCAAAUAAUCAUUUGUCUAGUGUCAUUCCUGAGUGUUGGAUGAAGUGGACGAGUUUGUCAUACUUGUACUUGGAGAACAACAAUUUAUCUGGUGUAAUUCCGACAACUUUGGGAUCUUUAUCUUCUCUGCAAUCAUUGAAUAUGUGCAAUAACAAGCUGUCGGGAAGAUUACCAGCUUCUCUAAAGAACUUGACAAAAUUACAGAUCCUUCAGUUUGCUACAAAUGAACUUGUUGGAGGCAUUCCAGCAUGGGUUGGGACAGAACUUUCAAGUUUGAGAAUUCUAAACCUCCGAUCAAACAAUUUUGGUGGAAACAUAACUCAUGAGCUCUGUUAUCUUACAGUUAUUCAGAUCUUGGACUUCUCUCAUAAUAAUCUAUCAGGAAAUAUUCCAAGAUGCUUCAACAACUUCAGUGUCUUGUCGAAAGAAACAACCUCAAUCGGUCAGUUUGACCCCAUACCAUUUGACAAUGUCUACAUGACAAAUAGUGCUUCAUUGGUGAUGAAGGGGCAAGAGUACACAUAUAGCACUAUUCUUGAAUUGGUGAUGGUUUUGGACCUUUCGGGUAACAAGUUUUCUGGGAGCAUUCCAGUUGAGCUAAUGGCCCUUGAGGCAUUACAAUCGUUGAACAUAUCAAAAAAUCAGUUGACAGGAGUUAUACCAAAGAAUAUUGGAGAAAUGAAGUUACUUGAAUCAUUUGAUGUAUCUUCGAACCAUCUCUCUGGGGAGCUUCCUACGAGCUUGUCAAGCUUGACUUUCUUGAGCAGCUUCAAUGUGUCUUUCAACAACUUGACUGGAAGAAUACCAUCAAGCACACAACUUCAGAGCUUCAAUGAAUCCAGCUUCUUUGGCAACAAACUCUGUGGAGUUCCAUUGACAAAGCUUUGUGGAGAAGUAGUGCGCAAUAGAGAUCAACAAGAAGGCGAUACAUCACAUGGAGUGGAUUUUGGAUUAAUUAUUAGCAUCUUGCUUGGAUUUUUUGUUGGGUUUUGGUCCAUUGUCAUUCCCCUGAAUGUUGGAACAAUUUGGAUUUCGUUGUGUAAAUUGAGGUAUAUGUUGAGUUGUUAA